CAAUGGCAUUUGCACUUCAUUCAAAGCAAAAUUUCGGCACUCUCUCCAUCCGACCAUACUUAGGAUCCCACAGCUGAACUUGUUAAUGAAAUUCUCUCUCACAGUUAAAAAUAAAAACCCCCAAAAUACUGAAUAUGAAUGUGGAAGAAAGGCAAUUUGAUGUUUGUAAUUAUCGAGGUAAACUCUACGACCUGCUGAAUGUAUGCAAAAUGGACCUUGGAUGGUGUAUAUAAAAGUGGCAUGUGCAGAGAAUAAGAGCAACUAUUGAGACUUCUUUCUGGUAGAGUAAGUCACCAAACAGGAUCCCUACCAUGAGCAACAAGGAGACUUCACUGAAAGGUUUGUUGCUGGUGGUCCUUCUGGUGUCCAGCAUGCUCCUGAAAAAGGAAGGAGUGACCUCCUUGCCAAUCUGCCCCAAUGGAUCUGUCAAUUGCCAAGUUUCCCUCGAGGAACUUUUUGAUCGAGCAGUUAAACUUUCACACUACAUCCACUUCCUCUCUUCGCAAAUAUUCAAUGAAUUUGAUGAACGCUAUGCUCAGGGCCGGGGCUUCAUUACAAAAGCUGUUAACGGCUGCCACACUUCCUCCUUGACCACUCCUGAAGAUAAGGAGCAAGCUCAGCAGAUUCAUGUAAGUCCCAUCUCUAAUGUCAUUCAGU